AUGGCUGAUGCAAUUGUUUCUGCUCUUGUGAGUCCAAUCCUGGAGAACUUGAGCUUGCAGGCUCUCAAAGAGGCUGGGCUUGCUUGGGGCCUUGACACCGAGCUUGAGAAUCUCGAAAGCACCUUCGCAAUUGUUCAAGCUGUGCUCCAGGAUGCAGAGGAGAAGCAAUGGAAGAACAAGGCUUUAGAGAUUUGGUUAAGACGCCUCAAGGAUGCAGCUUAUGAUGUUGAUGAUGUGCUGGAUGACUUUGCAAUUGAAGCUCGAAGGCAUCGGCUGCAAAAAGAUCUAAAAAAUCGACUACAAUCCUUCUUUUCUCUUGAUCAUAAUCCACUUAUUUUUCGAUUGAAAAUGGCGCAUAAGUUGAAAAAUGUGAGAGAGAAACUGGAUGUCAUUGCCAAUGAGAACAAAAAGUUCGAGCUAACAACACGAGUUGGGGACGUAGCAGUAGAUACCUACGAUGGGCGGCAUACAAGCAACAUCCUGAAUGAAUCAAGCUCAGUCGUGAAUGAAUCAGAAAUUUACGGAAGAGGCAAGGAGAAAGAGGAACUAAUCAACAUCCUGCUCGCUGAUGCAGACGAUCUCCCUAUUUAUGCUAUAUGGGGAAUGGGGGGGCUCGGGAAAACAACACUUUCACAAAUGGUCUACAAUGAAAAAAGGGUUAAACAACAUUUCAGUUUGAGGAUCUGGGUGUGCGUAUCUACUGAUUUCGAUGUAAGAAGAUUAACAAGAGCCAUCAUAGAUUCCAUUGAUGGUGCUUCAUGUGAUAUUCAAGAAUUGGAUCCCUUGCAACAACGCCUCCAACAAAAGUUAACUGGAAAAAAGUUUUUGCUUGUAUUAGAUGAUGUGUGGGAUGAUUAUGAUGAUAGGUGGAAUAAAUUGAAAGAGGUAUUAAGGUCCGGAGCUAAAGGUAGUGCUGUGGUGAAAUUCCGGGGUGCUGCCUUUUGCUUUGAGAAGUCAUUGUUUAAAGGAAAAGAUCACAAGAUAAGAAUCUUUUGCCUUGUGAAACUCCAAAUGCUGUACAGCUAG